AAAUAGCCCAACCGGGAAUGUACAUGGUGCGCGCGUUAAGAAGUUUCCCUCUCUUAUUUAUGCUCUCUUGGUAUACUUAAACACUGAAACACUGGCCUCUGGACUUUGGCUGGCAAGUCAGGCAAGGAGAUUCUGCAGCAGAUCUAGACUCGCUCCCUCCACUGCACAUCAAGAUAUUUGCCUCUCUUAGAUCUUCCGAAUUCAGGCACUAUCUAAAAUAAAUAUAACAAGCCUAACAAAACCAUCGAAGAUGUUGAAGCUAUGCAUGGCGGUCAAAAUAUUAAUGGUUGUUUGUAGUUUGGUGUUCGUAUGUUUUGACUAUACAACUUCUGCAUUUCCGGACUUUAUCCAAAGCAAUGGUUUGGAUAUAAACGGUUCCAACGUCUGCCAAAACCCUAUCACUAAAACGAUAAACAUAAAAAUUCUAAGACAACGCGAGCACAAAGAGAGGUAUAAUACCUCAUGUUACAGCUUCAUUGGCUGGUUGAGGUUCAGGCCUUGCACAAAGACGAGAAUUCGUAUGCAAAGUUUUUAUCAACUGRCUGUGCAAAAACUCUACGGCUAUUCUCUCGACUGCUGUCAUCAAUGGGGGAAAAUGGGCCAAAAUGAAACAGAAUGCUUAAAACCUAUGUGCGUCCAUGGAUGUAAACAUGGCAAGUGUGUGGCGGCAAAUACCUGUGACUGUGAUCGAGGUUGGAGAGGCUAUACAUGCAGCGAAGAUAUCAACGAGUGUUAUAUCAAGAAUGGCGGUUGUCAACAGGAAUGUCAUAACACGGAAGGCUCGCUAAGAUGUACUUGUAGAAGAGGCUACAUUAUUGAUAUUAACGAUCCCACACAGUGUUUAGACAUCAAUGAAUGCAAGAUGUCUCCGCAACCUCUUUGUCUUUGCGCUAGCAAAGAUUCACAUUGCAAUGCAACAUGUGUGAACACUAUUGGUAACUUCAAAUGCGUCUGUCCUAAAGGGUACCAAUUAAACAGGCCUAACACCUGCACUGAUGUAGACGAAUGUCUGUCCAGCAUUACUAACAACUGUCCACACAAGUGCGUCAACAAACCAGGAAGCUAUGAAUGUUCGUGCUUUAAAGGAUUCAAGUACGAUAAGAAGAACAGCAUUUGCAAGGAUUUAAACGAGUGUGCAGACAACAACGGUGGAUGUGAUCACAGAUGUCUAAAUUUCUACGGCUCGUAUCGUUGUCUUUGUAAUCUUGGCUACCGCAUGGCACCAGACCGUAGGAAGUGUCUACCAUUUCGGAGUUCGCGCUGAGCAUCAAUGACUAAAGGAACUGGAUUUAGUAGCUUGUGUUCAUGAGCCAAGAUUGAGCUCUUUGUCAGAAAUAAGGGUUAAUAAAAAUAAAUAAAUAGGACUGAUUAGUACACAUACAGUGAAUUUUCCACUUCAAGCAACUCUUUAUGUUAAUAUAUAUAUAUAUAUAUAUAUUCGUAUGGCAGGGUUCGUAAAAUUACUUCUCAAACUCAUUAAUAAUUUAUGAGGGCAAUGGCCAAUGGCGACUUUGCAUUGUAGUCACAUGCACGCACCUUGACACUUGAUCAAGAACGGAUCAAGACACUCUUCACUUUUUUAGUCUCAGUAGAUUCAAGAACAAAUGAAUUAUGAUGAGACUGAGAAGUAAGUUCAAAAACUCGUGCUUCGUGUUUACGACCUCGUGCUUUCAUCGGUUUCUGGGUGUUUUGAUGCCCUGAUCAAACACUCGCACUCGUUUUUGAUCUAUUACUUAGCAAUUUGAUAAUAAGAUGCAUGAAAGCAUUUGUUUAUUAUAUUGAUCCCGCCGGGAUCCUGAUUAUCCGCUUGAAAACGUCUUUAUGCAUAGAAAAGGCAAAGUGCCCGAGGCCUGAGAAUGAAAAAGCCUGUUUGUUUUUGAAUGCAAAUAUAUAUACCAAGGUAGCUUUUCGUA